UUGCUAUAAUAAUACAAUAUUUUAUAAAUCUCAAUUAUAUUAAUUUGGAUUGUAUUAAUUGUAUCACCGUUUCUGGCUAUGGGCAAAGCGUCUUCUCCUGUCUACCGCCGCCUCCGCCAUCUGUUUCUGCAGAAAUCCACGCCCACGGCCACCGCCACCGCCGUCGUAACACCCGCCGGAGACAAUAAUACCAAAAAACUUGUCAAAAAGUACAAAUCAAAUUCCAGCAGCUUCGGUGGCCAACUCUUUAUACAUAAGACCACCUUCCUCCGCCUCGCGAAAUCCGGCCACUUCUCCUCCGUUCGAGAUGUUCUCGAUCACAACAAACUCUACCCAGAAGCGCAAAAUGAAGCCUUUACCGCCCGCCUCAUCUAUCUCUACGGCGAAGCCAAAAUGCUGGACCAUGCACUUCAGCUGUUCGACGAAAUGCCCCAAUUAAAUUGUCCACGCACCGUCCUUUCCUUUAACGCCCUUUUGUCAGCCUGCCUUACUUCCGCAAGCUUCGACAAAGCCGUCGAGCUUUUCCAAGAACUACCCGCAAAACUAUCGAUAAAGCCGAACUUAAUCUCCUACACCACCGCUAUCACAGCUUCCUGCAAAACGGGAUCACUCGAUACGUCCAUUUCAAUGUUGAAGGAGAUGGAUAAAAACAAUGUGGAGCCGAAUACUGUUACAUUUAACAUACUCUUGAAUGCGUUUUAUCGAAGCGGUAGAUUUUCGGAGGCGGAAAAUUUAUGGAACUUAAUGGAAGAGAAGAAAGUAAUUCCUGAUUUGGGGUGUUAUAAUUCAAGAUUGCUUGGCAUGGUGAACGAAAAUAGAUUUUCGGAAGCCAUGGUAGUUUUCGAGGGAUUUGAGAAAAAGGGGUUGAAGCCCAAUAUAUACACUUACAAUUAUUUGAUGAAAGGGUUUGUGGACAAAGGCGAUAUGGAGGAGGUGAAGAAAUGGUACGGGAAGAUACUAGAGAGCGGUAAUUGUCGUCCGGAUUUUAUCACAUUUAGGACACUUAUUCCGUUUGCUUGCGACAAUGGUGAUAUUGACUUCGCGCGUGAAUUGUACGAGAAGUCCGUUGGUUUAAAGAUCAAUUUUCCGAGCUGCAAGAUUAUGCAGGAAGUGAUCGAUAAGGUGGUCGGGCAGUUCAAAGUUGGUGAUGCAAGAGUGGAUUAGUAUUUGAUAAGCUCUCACCGACCGAGAGGAAUUUGAUAUAAUGAACCGUUGAAGAAUUCAAAGGAACGAGUCACCAUCAUCUUCAGCCACUAUCCAAAAUUUAUAGAAGAUAAAUGGCCCAAGAUGUGAUUUGUCAACUCAGUCAUGCAGCAGUUAGUAACCAGUCAGUGUCAUACGUCAACACAACUUAACCCGUCAAUAACCACUUUGCACCCACGACUAUCUGGUCAUGGGUUCGAGACACCAGGAGGGGAAUUGCGGGAACCAGUAAAUUUAUGAGUACCGAACUACCGAUAUCGAAGUACACGCCAGAUACUGGCGGCUGAGAUCGCAAGCUACCAUUUUCAUGAUUCUUAUGCUUCUGAUAUUAUGCUUCUCCGCUGUGACGAUUCCAACCGCCAAGCGAUACACCGGACAACACGUCACGAAAUCAGAUGGCGGUACACGAGGAACGGACUUGAGACCUGGAGUGGAGGUGGAUUAUAGCCGAAACGAAAGAUCAUCUGACAAUGCGAAACCCUCUCAGCUGGCCUGUUAAACUAAUAGCCGCUCGAUCCAUGUAUCGGGUAACUUAAUAAUAUCCUGCUAGCCCGCAAAGACGACGACGAUGAUAGCCAGACGAAUGAGGAGCUCUUUGAGGGAUUAUCGAUUAUGAUCGUAGACGUAAUGGCGGCUUGCCUCACCAAUUUAGUGCGUGUUAUAUAACCUUCAAAGUGUCACGAAAGUACCGUCAGUGGAAGGGAGGGAAGCGUCCGUCGAGUGGCUAUUCUUUUCGGGGGAGAGUGAAGAAAUUCUUGAAAUUCUUCAGCUGCGUGAGCUUCCGAAAUUGGAUCCGGAAAAGGCCGGUAAUCUCGAAGAGUGGAGGGCGUUUCUGGAAUUAAACCAACCGGCGUCUGUUUAAUUUGGCCUCGGGUGAGGAUUCGGCGGGUCCACACUCCAACGAUGAGGAACCGUGAUCGUAAAAUUAGUUUCUGGUGACCAAUAAGCAUAUAUUGUCAGCAUCCUUUCUGUUAGUUUUAAUGUUAAGUUUGUAAUGCACAAUUGAAUAAAAAUAUGCAGAAUUGUGGAAUAAAUGUUUUGAAAAUUAUUGUGAUUAAGUACAAUUUUCUCCUCUGGCUGAGCAAGUGAAUACUUUUUUCAAUAUGUAAAUUUACCACGAUGCCCCUGACUUAAUAGGGGGUGUU